AUGUCAAAAACUUCAUCAAAGAAAUAUAGCUACCAUGAUACUCAUAUACAUCUUCAAGCUCCAAUAGAAGGAUCUUCAUCUACUACCACUACUCCACUCCGAAGAAACCAUAAUCAUACUCACACUCAUACGCAUAAUAAUGGCAAUAACCAUCUAAUAAGUCAUCAUCAUUCGGGAUCUUCUAACUCAGAUUCAAACUAUGAAGUAGAUAAAGAUAAAGAUAAAGAUAGUCCAAGAUUAUCAGAUGCUGCAUCAUCAACUCCAACCUCCUUAGAAGAAUUCCAUUCCAUUAAUAAUAAGAAUAAUAAUAACAAAAUUGAAAAAAAAUCCAACUUAAAACCAAAGAAUAACACCGAUUCCAUUGAUCCAUUGCUAUUAAAUUUUAAUUUCUCAAUAAAUGAUGACAAUAAUAACAAAAAUAACGACGAUGAUCAAAAAGUUCAUGCUCAUAUCCAUCAUUUAAAUACUUUCAAUAAUAAGUCUCAUAGUACUACUACAACAACUAACACUGUUAAUCCCAACAACAACAAAUUUGAUGCUAAUGAUGAUGAUCCUAUACAAGGACGAUUAUUACUUCGAGAUGAGUCAUUGAAAAAAAAUUAUCAUCCAUGGAAAGUGAUUACAAACACAGAAACUGAUAAUGAUAAUAGUAUUAAUAACACUUCUAUUAAUACUGAUGAUGACAACAGUAAAAUAAUACUAGCAAAUAAUGAUUACGAAAAAAAAAUAAUACCGAAUUACAACAUUGGUACAACGUUAACCACAGAUUCGACUAAUAAAAGAAUUUCAAAUAGUCUAGUACUUGAUGAUACUAAUUUAAUACAUACAAGCUCAUAUAUUCAUGAUAAACAAGAUGAUCAUAUUUUAUUAAAUAAAAUAGUUUCAAGGAAAUCUUCUUCAACACCAAAAGCUUCAACAAGAAGAAAUACUCAAGAUUCAAUUAGAACUAAUAUACCAUUCCAUGCCUCAAAACAUUCUCAAAUCUUACCUUUAGAUCAUUUUGAAAUAAUUCCUUAUGAAAAUUCAAAUUCAAAUUCAACCUCAAAUAAUAAUAAUAAUGACAUGAAAAGGAAAAGACCAACUAAUCAUUCAAUGUCUUCUUUGCCUGUACCUUUCCAUUUUAAAGAUAAUUCCAUUUCAUAUUCAUAUCCAUCGAAAUCCACUAAUGCCAAUGCUAAUGAUACUACAAAGAAUAAUGAUCAAAAUAGAACAAACUUUCAUUCCUUGUCAACUGUUUCAUUACCACCAGAUAUAAUUUCUGUCCCUAAUAACAACCCCAUCAUCAGCAACGCCCAACCAUAUCGUCCAAAUAUUCAACAACAUCAUCAUCAUCACCAUCAUCAUCAUUCCUAUAAAAGUAAAAAUAAAACUAACAUGAAUAUGGGGAAACCAGGUGAUUUGAAAAGAUCUGAAUCUGCCACAGCAGAAAUCAAAAAAAUGAGAGAAUCAUUAUUACAUAAAAGAGAAAUGAAACGUAAAAGGAAAACAUUUUUAAUAGAUGAUGAUCGUGUGUUAAUUGGUAAUAAAGUCAGCGAGGGUCACGUCAAUUUCAUCAUAGCCUAUAACAUGUUAACUGGGAUUCGUGUAGCUGUAUCACGUUGUUGUGGUAUAAUGAAACCAUUAACUUCUGCUGAUUUUAAAUUAACUAAGAAAUUAGCCUUCGAUUAUCAUGGUAAUGAAUUGACUCCAUCAUCACAAUAUGCUUUCAAAUUUAAAGAUUAUUCACCUGAAGUAUUUAGAGAAUUGAGAGCUAAAUUUGGAUUGGAUCCAGCUGACUAUUUAGUUUCAUUGACUUCCAAAUACAUCUUAAGUGAAUUGAAUUCUCCUGGUAAGAGUGGUUCAUUUUUUUAUUAUUCAAGAGAUUAUAAAUAUAUUAUCAAAACCAUUCAUCAUUCGGAACAUAGACAUUUAAGAAGACAUUUAGAAGAAUAUUAUAAUCAUGUAAAAAAUAAUCCAAAUACUUUAAUUUGUCAAUUUUAUGGAUUACAUCGUGUGAAAAUGCCAAUAUCAUUCCAACAUAAAGUAAAUCAUAGGAAAAUUUAUUUCAUAGUGAUGAAUAAUCUUUUCCCACCUCAUCUUGAUAUUCAUACUACUUUCGAUCUUAAAGGUUCCACUUGGGGUCGGUAUACAGAGGUUAAUCAUGAAUUAAUGGAAACUGAUAAGUUUUAUAGACCCGUUUUGAAAGAUUUAAAUUGGUUAGAAUUAGAAAAGAGAAUAAAUUUUGGUCCCGUUAAAAAGAAAAUGUUUUUAGAUCAAUUGAAGAAAGAUGUAACAUUAUUAUCGAAAUUAAAUACAAUGGAUUAUUCAUUAUUAUUAGGUAUUCAUGAUAUCAAUAAAAAUCAAGAAUUUUUGAUUCCAGAAUCAGGAUCAAUUUUUGACGAAGAACACCAACAACAACCGCUACAACAACAAGUACAACAUCAACAACAGAAGCAAAGAAUGUCUGUGAUGGUUGGAACAGGUGGAAGUAAUAUCCCUAUGAAUAAAACAGUAGUACCACAUUAUUUUAAACAAAAUGAAGGAGGGAUCAUAUCAUCUAAUGAACUUAAUAUGGACGGGAAGGAAAUCUAUUAUGUUGGUAUCAUUGAUUGCUUAACUAAUUAUUCCAUAAUGAAAAAAUUAGAAGCAUUUUGGAGAAGUUUAAAUCAUGAUCCGAAAACAGUUAGUGCUGUUCCUCCGAAGGAUUAUGGUGAUAGAUUUUAUAAGUUUAUUGAAAAAUCAGUGGAUACUUCUCCUCGGAAGAAAUAUAAAGAUAAUCCAAAUGUUGGGAAAUACAAAGAUUAA